AUGGAGCCAAGCUUCUUAAAAGAGCCGGCGCUGUUCGAGAAAGGAACCCUGCCGAGCAGGAGGGUGGUGGCGGCUGGAGGCAGCGACCCUGGCGCUGGCGAUGUGGACGAAGAGGCCUGGCAGCUCGUCUUUCCCAAAGAGUUUGGAACAGCAGAAACUCUUCUAAAUUCAGAGGUCCACAUGCUUCUAGAGCACGGAAAGCAACAGAAUCAAAGUGCGGGGGAUGAGCGAGGACUUUCAGAGGUUUCCAUGAAAACUUUAAAUUACACUGCACGCUUUAGUCGUUUUAAAAACAGGGAAACCAUUGCUAGUGUUCGGAGUUUGUUACUCCAGAAAAAUCUCCAUAAAUUUGAGUUGGCUUGUUUAGCGAACCUUUGUCUAAACUAA